AUGAAAACAUUAAAGUCCUCAGUAAUUUUGGUGCUAUCAUUUUCAUUUCUUCUGGUUUUCGCUUCUGCAAAAACAGCUACUGAAAAUUUCGUUCAAUGUCUUCUCCGCCGCUCUCCGCCGUCCUACCCUAUUGCUCCGGCGAUCUUUACACCCAACAAUCAUUCUUAUUCCUCUGUUCUUCAGACUUACAUUCAAAACUUGAGAUUCAACACUUCAACAACUCCUAAGCCAUUCCUUAUUCUCACAGCUCUCCAUGAAUAUCAUGUUAGAAUUGCAAUUCUAUGUGCUCGAAUCGAUAAUCUUCUGAUGAAGAUUCGUAGCGGCGGCCACGAUUACGAGGGAGUUUCUUACGUCUCCGACAUUGUCCCUUUCUUCAUUCUUGAUAUGUUCAACCUCCGAAGAAUCUCUAUUGAUAUAAAAACCGAGACGGCUUGGGUUCAAACAGGAGCCACCAUAGGAGAAGUGUUUUAUAAAAUUGCAGAGGAAAGCAAGCUCCAUGGCUUCCCGGCCGGAGUGUGCCCUACGAUGGGUGUCGGUGGCCAUUUGAGCGGUGGCGGGUACGGUAACAUGAUGAGGAAACAUGGCCUCACGGUGGAUCAAUUCAUCGACGCGAAGAUAAUCGACGUAAACGGGAAGCUUCUCGACCGAAAAGCAAUGGGGGAGGAUCUAUUCUGGGCCAUCACAGGCGGCGGAGGAUCAAGCUUCGGAGUCGUUGUAGCGUACAAAAUCCGAUUGGUUCGUGUACCGGAGACGGUAACGGUGUUCAGAGUAAGAAGAACGUUGGAAGAGAAUGAGUUGACGGAGAUAGUAGAUGAGUGGCAGCGGGUGGCACAUGUGAUUGACAAUGAUUUGUUCAUAAGGGUUACGUUUGAUGUUGUAAAUGGAACACACAAGGGAAACAAGACACUGAGAGCAACGUUUCUAGCCAUGUUCCUCGGAGAUUCCCAAACCCUUUUGUCUCUCAUCAACAACAGCUUCCCUAAAUUGGGUUUGAAGAAACCUGAUUGCCUUGAAAUGAGUUGGAUUGAAUCAGUGCUUUUUUGGACAGAUGAAACAUCUGUGAAUGCCCUAUUGAACCGAAUGACGGGACGGAUCCACCUAAAAAGAAAGUCGGACUAUGUGAAAACCCUAAUUCCAAAGAAAGGAUUUAACAAAAUAUGGAAGAAAAUGAUAGAACUUGAAAAACCCAUGAUGAAAUUCAACCCCUAUGGUGGAAGAAUGGGUGAGAUUGCAUCAAAUGCAACUCCAUUUCCUCAUAGAGCUGGAAACUUAUGGAAGAUCCAGUACACAACAAACUGGAAUGAAGAAGGAAGCCGACAAGCCGACCAUUUGAUAGACUUGACGAGGAAACUUCACAAGUUUAUGACACCCUUUGUGUCCAAGAAUCCAAGAACAGCGUUUUUGAACUAUAGAGAUCUUGAUAUUGGUGUAACCCAUAAUGGGAAGAAGAGUUACUAUGAAGGGAGGGGCUAUGGAAUCAAAUAUUUUGAAGGCAACUUUGAGAGGUUGGUGAAGAUCAAGACCAAGGUUGAUCCUGACAACUUUUUUAGGAAUGAACAAAGCAUUCCAAGAUUUCCACAUGUUUGA